CGCGGCCAACAGCACGUUCACUCCGAGCUCGAGAUGCGGACUGUAACGUGGAGUGUUUGGGUUCUGUUAGUUUUCUGCUCGGUGUUUGCUGAAGGACAACAAAGGCCGGUGUAUUCAUGUGGUGGAAACUUGACUGGAACCUCUGGCCUCAUGGGGAGUCAGGGUUACCCCGGAGUUUACCCCCCGAACACCAAAUGCGUGUGGAGAAUCACGGUGCCUCAGGGUAAAGUGGUGUCCCUCACCUUCCACUCCCUCGACCUCGAGAGCGACUCACUUUGUCGCUACGACUACGUGGACGUGUAUGACGGGUUUGUUAAAAGCCAGCGGCUCGGACGCUUCUGUGGUACGGUCCGGCCCGGAGCGCUGAUCUCCAACCACAACAGGAUGCAAGUAGUGAUGGUUUCGGAUGCCAACACGGCCGGGAGCGGCUUCCUGGCCGGAUACAGCGCUGUUCAGCCGAAUGCCAAGGGGGAGCGAUACUGCGGCGGACUCUUGGACAAACCCUCAGGAAGCUUCAUGACCCCUAACUGGCCCGACAGAGACUAUCCUCCUGGGGUGACCUGCUCGUGGCAUAUUGUAGCACCUGAGCAGCAGGUAAUAGCGCUGACGUUCGAGAAGUUCGACGUGGAGAGAGAUAACUACUGCCGCUACGAUCACAUGGUCGUUUACAACGGCGGCGAACCGAGCGACGCGAGCAGGAUCGGGAAGUUCUGCGGCGACAGCCCUCCUGCGCCGAUCUUCUCCGAGGGCAGCAACCUCUUCAUCCAGUUCGUCUCUGAUCUCAGCCUCACCGCCGACGGAUUCAUCUGCCAUUACACGUUCAAGCCGAAGAACUUCACCAUCACAGGUUACCCGGUUCCCGUUACCGCGGCCGCUCCCACCCCUGCACGGCCCGUCGCACUGACGUAUUCUGAAGCUCUCUGCAAGCAGAAGUGCAAGAGGAUCGGAACAAUCGAAAGUCAUUACUGCUUAAGCAACUUCGUGCUGACGGGAACACUCAUCUCCGCUGCCAUGAAGGAACACAGCGUGCUCGCCACCUUCUCCAUCACCAACGUGUACAAGGAAGGCAACCUGUCCAUCCAGCAGGCUGGAAAGAGCAUGAGCGCGAAAGUCACGAUCCUGUGUAAGAAAUGCCCUUUAGUCAGGAGAGGUCCGAACUACAUUCUCAUGGGCCACGUCGGCGAGCAGGGACACGGUGUGGUUUCACCACACAAUUUUGUGAUUCCCUUCAAGACUAAGAAACAGAGGGACCUGGCUGUGUUGAGCAAUGUCCGUUGCUGAUGGUCAUGCGGCGGCCACGUUGGAUUUGUAGUCUCAUUUGUACUGUAGAUCAAACCACGUUUACACACUGCAGUUGAAUAACGUAUUCUUUAGACCAUAAGUGUCCUUCGAGAGGUAAUCGGUUUGUUGAUUCGUCGUAUAUGUCACCGUCUGCUUUAUUAAGAACACCUGCACAUCUGUACAGUUCUCUAACCAGCCAAUCACGCGGCAGAAAUGCACUACAGUAUAUAUAAAAAAACAUGACGAAAACACAGAAUCAGGUGAACAGGUGUUCCUAAUAAAGUGGAUGGUGCAUACAGUAUAAAUAGAUAUACAGUACAUAAUUAUUCAUCUUAUCUGUAGCACCUCUUAAGGUCCCUAACAAAGAGCCACGUUACAAUUAUGCAAUGUAGUUAUAACAUAGUUGUGUCUUAUACUCUGGAAAAUAUAGUAGGCAUGCACAUCCGUUUUAAACAUUUCUAUUCCUACGUCAGAUUCAGUUCUGCGCUCUUUUCAACUCGAGCUGCUACCUUGAUCGAUUCAGCACUUGACAUUUAGCGAUACUGAAUACAUGCCGUUAUUCUGAGCUGAAUUCAAACUGUUCAAAGAAGAACCAUCAGUACAUCACUACUGUCAUUUAUCCAUCAACAUAUCGUCGCUGUCGGGCGGAAACCUCGUGUGUCCAAAUUUGGUCAAUUUCAUAUUUUUUCACAUAUCGAUGCUAUUGGUCAGUCCCCACGUGGGUCUGUUAUUUUUACAAGUUAUUAACCAAUCUAAAGUCUUGAAAAUAGCUUGAGCGCAAAUCUCAUAACUCCAUUGGACACUUCAACUGUCCACCUCUUCCUCACUCCGCGGGAGAGCUUCACGGCAUAUUUCUCCUCAAGAAGAGUCGCAACGAAUCAACACGUCUUCUGAGGUAAAUGUCUUCAAAACACUGGGCUCAAAGAAAAAAAAUCUUGACCCCCGCUAGUUCUGGUGCUCGUCUGAGGACAGGAAUUUAGCGCAAGACA